CCAGAGGGCAGAGAGAGAGAGAGAGAGAGAUCGGCCUCUUUCUUUCACUACAGCUACUUUUUCUUCUGAAGAUGAUGAGAUGAGAUGGGAGAGAGAAAGAAGAGAAGAGACUUUAAUUUAUGUCUCUGAUGAUGAGUGACGAUUGUUUAACACGGUCGUCAUCUUCUGAUAAUUUGGCCUCUCUUUCUUCCUUUGCCGUAUGUUGAUAUUCAUUAGUUUUAUCUUUUUUAGAUUAGAUUUUAGUUUCCUUUCCUCAGAUCUGUGAUUUUCUUUUUCUCCGUAUUUCCCUCUACUUUGUAAUCAUCACUUCUUUGUUAUUUUCCGGAUGUUGAUGAUGAUGAUGAUGAUAACUCUUCACCACAAUAGUUUCCUCCUUUAGAAAUUGAAAAUCUUAUCCCAACAAUAAUUUCCUUUCUCCUCCCUUCUCUACCCUAGACUUGAAGAAUUUCCAGAUCUCUUAUCUGAUAUCUCUUUCUGCUAUCCCAAAUCUGUGUAGCUUUUAGUUUGAUGAUUUAUCCAUAAUUUUCUGGAUCUACUGUUUUUUUUGUCUACUUUCCAACUCAGAUCUAGCUCUUCUCUAGUUUAUGUUUUUAUUUUUUACAGUCCCAAACAAAAAUCCCUAGCUAGUUGGGAGUGUCUUGAAUUCAAUCAAGAAUUUGUUUCUAGUACUACUACUUUUUAUUGCUCUUCCGGAGCUUUGGCAUAAAGGGUAUAAGCUGUGCAUCUCCUGGGGGAUUUGGAGAGAUUUCUUUGUGAAUUUGGUGACAUGUGUUUGUAUCAUCAGUGUAUGAUGAAUUACUUCCCGGAGGAAGUUCUGGAGCACGUCUUUGAUUUCUUGACGUCGUAUAAGGACCGAAAUGCAGUGUCCCUGGUGUGCCGGUCUUGGUAUAGGGUCGAGAAGUUUAGCAGAGAGAAAGUAUUCAUAGGGAAUUGCUAUGCAAUCAGUCCGGAGAGGAUGAUUGCCAGGUUUUCUAGGCUUAGGUCGCUGACCCUCAAGGGAAAGCCCCAUUUUGCGGAUUUCAAUUUGGUCCCGCAUGAAUGGGGCGGCUACGUGUACCCAUGGAUUGAGGCGCUAUCCAAUGCAUCUGUCAAUCUGGAAGAGCUUCGGUUAAAGAGAAUGGUGGUUUCAGACGAGGGGCUCGAGCUCCUGUCUCGAUCCUUCCCUAAUUUCAAGUCUUUGGUUCUGGUUAGCUGCGAAGGUUUCACUACAGAUGGUCUUGCUGCUAUUGCUUCCUAUUGCAGGUAUCUGAGGGAGCUGGAUUUGCAGGAAAAUGAAGUUGAAGAUCAUAGAGGGCAAUGGCUUAGUUGUUUUCCUGACAGCUGCACCUCACUAGUCUCACUAAAUUUUGCAUGUCUCAAGGGGGAAGUUAAUCUGGCAGCUCUUGAGAGACUAGUGGCAAGAUGUAAAAACCUAAAAAGUCUGAGGGUAAACCAUGCAGUGCCUCUUGAUGCUCUUCAGAGGAUUCUAGUACACGCACCCCAGUUAACGGACUUAGGGGCAGGUUCUUUUGUCAGUGACCCAGAUACAGAGGCUUAUAAGAAACUAAAAAAUGCUUUGCUGAAGUGCUCCUCAAUCAGGAGUUUGUCAGGAUUCUUGGAGGUUGCUUCUCGCUGCUUGCCUUCUAUAUACCCAAUAUGCUCGAAUUUGACAUCUUUGAACUUGAGUUAUGCUCCAGGAAUCUACGGUAGUGAACUGAUAAAGCUGAUUCGGCAUUGCAGGAAACUGGAGCGCUUAUGGAUUCUAGAUACUAUUGGAGACAAAGGCCUUUUUGUUGUGGCUUCUACAUGUAAAGAGCUGCAGGAGUUAAGGGUGUUCCCAUCUGACCUCAAUGGGGCAGGUUAUAGUGUAACAGAGGAAGGUUUGGUUGCAAUAUCGGCUGGUUGUCCCAAGCUCAAUUCUUUGCUCUACUUCUGCCAGCAGAUGACUAAUGCAGCACUGAUAGCUGUUGCCAAGAAUUGCCCUAAUUUCAUUCGCUUUAGGUUGUGCACCCUUAACCCAACUGUGCCAGAUGCAGUGACAAUGCAGCCAUUGGAUGAGGGUUUUGGGGCAAUUGUUCAAUCAUGCAAAGGGCUUAAGAGGUUAUCCGUCUCUGGCCUUCUAACUGAUCAGGUUUUCCUAUACAUUGGUAUGUAUGCAGAGCAGCUUGAAAUGCUCUCAAUAGCCUUUGCUGGUAAGAGUGACAAGGGAAUGCUUUAUGUUCUAAAUGGAUGCAAGAAACUAAAGAAGCUUGAGAUCAGAGAUAGCCCGUUUGGUAAUGCAGCACUUCUAGCGGACGUGGGGAAGUAUGAAACAAUGCGAUCCCUUUGGAUGUCGUCCUGUGAAGUGACCCUCGGUGCAUGCAAGAUUCUGGCCAAGAAGAUGCCAAGACUGAAUGUGGAAAUCAUCAAUGAGAGUGAGCAGGCAGAGGCUAGCCAUGAUGAUGGGCAGAAGGUAGAGAAAAUGUACUUGUAUCGGACAUUGGCUGGGCACAGGAAAGAUGCACCAGGCUUUGUGUGGACACUGUAGAUGUGCACCUUGUCUUCAUUGCUACCAGCUGUUAAUUGUCAGGGUAGUUUGAUUAAGACCGGAACUAUUUUUGUUUUGUUGUGUUUUCUUUUUUUUUCAAUGGUGAAUUAUUUGUGCUUUGGUACUGGUAUUUAUUGGAAAAAAAAAACUAUUUUUAUCGGAGCCA